AAUAUAAGGUAUUGUCUUUCUUUGGAGGGCACCGAUACCAACCAUAAACUACCCGAGUCGCAAAUUUCUAACACCUAAUCAAUUACCUAGGUAUCGUUCCUUCAAUUUUCCUCCCUCUCACGCCAUGGCUCCCAUCAUCUAUCUCGUGCGUCACGCUCAAGGUUACCACAACCUCAGCCUAGAAAAUCAGCAAAUACCAGACCCAGACUUGACUCCUUUGGGGGAGUCUCAAUGCGAUGAGCUUUGCAAAAAGUUUGAUGCUCAUGAUAAGAUCACUCACCUCGUUGCGUCACCUAUACGACGAACACUGCACACCUGUCUGCGCUCAUUUGCGCCGGUUGUUCAGUCUGGAAAGAAGGUAAUCGCUCUCCCAGAUGCUCAGGAAAUCUCCAGAUUUCCCAGCGAUAUUGGCUCGGAGCCUAGCAAGCUGAAAGAGGAAUUUGGCGAUUCGGUGGAUUUCAGUCUUGUUCAGGUGGGCUGGAACGACAAAUCAAGCAGAAGCAGAAACUACCCUGUCCCAGCUAAGCUGAAAGCGAGAUCACUGGCCGUCAGACUAUGGCUUAGGGAUCUCGUGAACAAAGCCGGAGAGGACGCCCAGGUUGUGCUUGUCACCCACGGCGGUAUUCUCCACUUCUUGACACAGGAUUGGGAUGGUGCCAGCCCGGAAAGGGGUACCGGCUGGAACAAUACUGAGAUACGUUCAUACGAAUUUCGAGAUCCCACGGGUCAAGAUCCUGAGGCAAGCCUGAAAGAGACCCAGCCGAGCUGGCGUCGUCGCCGAGGAAGCGCUAUUCCUCUUACUGAUACGGAGCAGCUGGAAAUCAGUGACGUAUUUGAGACUAUUCUUCACGAAGAGGCUAAAGAAUAUGAUUCUAGGGCCGUUACCGAGUGAAUAUGAAGGGUUACCGGAACCGACUGGAAGGAUUAGUUCUAUAAAAGCCCGCCCACCGCUACUUAAACAAGAAUUACAAAUAGGAUAGGGGAAAACCAUCCAUGUUUGCUACCUGCUAGACUAUGUUAGCAUCUCGGAGCAGUAUUUUACUGUUAAAGCAUGAAGAAACACCAUGACAACGAACCAAAACGCUACGUACCUAUUAAGCAGUCCCCUUCCCCUUUUGCAUUUCUAUAGAAUGGGACUUUUUGAGAUUCUUAAACU